AUGCAGGAAGCAACUUUGCCGAGACUAGCGACAGCUGCAGAUCUGAGCAACGAUCAGUGGAGCUCAGGAGCUCAGGACUUGAGCGGACGCCGCUUGUGGGGGCUUGGGGCAACUGCCCGGCUCUCGGUUGAAUUCGGGCACGAUCGCAUCCGUAUCGCCAAUUUGGUCGUCUCCAAGCACGACCCCUGUCAGCAACAGAGGCAUCAGAGUAUCGCCUACGGCAAGGAGCAAGUCACAUGGCCACAUGGAGUGUCGAUACCGCGGCUGAGGCUUGAGGUGCACCGGACUUUGUUUCCGCCAUUCUUCUGGGCCUUCGCCGACAUCGCCUCCGUGAACUCCCGCGUGCGCGUGCCCUGUAUGUCAGUUCAUACCUAG